CGCCACUGCUUUCACACGUAAAGCCUUCGGCGUCUCAGUUCGUUUGGUCAAUUGUAUAAAACCCUGAAGUCAAUUCUCGCCAUCCAUUUACAAAUAAUUAGUAAAUUAAAAUAGUUUUUGUUCAUUUAAAAUGUGCAGAUGAAUGCCGAUAGCGUCAGGGGUAGUAAACUUUGGUGUGUGUUAGUUACGUAACGGUUCCGGGGAAAAUCAAUAUCCGAGUGGUAUUAAUAGCAGGGUUGAGAACAGCUGGCCGGUAGCCAGCCAUGCAGCCUUCGAGGAUGCGCCGGCCUCGUCGCCACCGAUGGCUGGUGGUGUCAGUGUUCUUCAUUGCAUAUUCCGUCUUCCAAGCCGUAUUGGGCAAACCCUCCGAGCCUGGACCUUCUCCAGCUGGUGAUAUAGUUUCGCCACCAGUAACACGUUUGACUACAGAACAGAAAGAAGUGGAACAGAAAGUAACACCAGCAAUUACAAGCAAAGAAGAGGAAAUAAAAACUACGGACGGAGGGAAGAAAGCAAUGAAGGGCCUUCACGAAGAAGACGACGAAGGUGAAAAGAAGAAACAAAAAGAUGCUGGCUAUGUUGACGACAAAGAGACGGAAGAAAUCCGGAAAGAGGAGAUAUUGGAAGAAAUGGAAGAAGCAAUAGCUACAGUACAUCCACUUAGGAAUUGCACUCCUCCCGCAAUUGAGCAGUUCCCGCAUCCGCUGAUGAGUCAGAACGCUAGAAAGCAUGGUGGUCUAAUCAUCCACGUCAUUGUGGCUGUUUUCACCUUCAUCGGUUUAGCCAUUGUCUGUGAUGAGUACUUUGUAUGCAGUCUUGACAGGAUUUGCGAAGAGCUGAAGCUGACUCCAGACGUAGCUGGUGCAACCUUUAUGGCUGCGGGUAGUUCCGCACCAGAACUUGCUACCGUCGUCAUUGGAGUAUUUUGCGCGCAAGAUGAUAUUGGUGUGUCGGGUGUCAUCGGCUCAGCGGUAUUUAACAUAAUGUUCGUGAUCUCGGUAUGUGCUUUAUGCGCUGGUACAGUUUCUCAUCUUAACUGGUGGCCACUAUGCCGCGACUGCUUCUUCUACGCCAUCUCAAUCUUGGUGAUGCUGUGCACCAUCGCAAACAAUUAUGUUUCCUGGCCGGAAGCUUUAUUCAUGUUGAUAAUGUAUGCUGUGUACUGCGUGGCGUUGCGGUUCAACACGGCAUUAGAGGCGUGGGUGUUGACUUGGCCAUUGCCUUUCAAACUACCAACGCGGGAAGAACAGGCAGCACUCGUCACGUACAAGAGCGGAGUACCAGCUCCGGUGCCUGGUGGCACUUCGCCCUACACCAACGUGGAAGGAGAACAAAAGGAAUCACCAUCCGAACCAGCCCCGUAUAACCCAAGCGGAGCAUAUGAGAACGCAGCGUACCACGCUGAGCAGGCUCCCGUUUGGGACCCCAACUCCACUUGGGAAAAUGCCUGGGACCAGGAGACAACAAUGCAACAAAAUCCAUCAAACCAAGGCUGGGGUGCGACGAACCAACAACAACAGCAGCAACAACAACAGUCUGCACAGACCCCAUCAACACCCGGCCAGGAACAACAGCCACAACAAACACAACAGCCCACAGUUCCUGCUUACUACAAAGCAAAGGAAUACAACCCCGAAACAGCCGUCAAUCCACUUGUAAAGCCUGAAGGUGCAAAUCCGGUACAACUAGUCUGCUGGUAUGUGGCCUUCCCUGUCCACUGGACAUGCCGACACACGAUGCCCGACCACCGUGGGCCCUGGUACCCAGUCACCUUUAUCAUCUCCAUGCUGUGGAUCUCUUUCUACUCCUACUUUAUGGUCUGGAUGAUUACUGUUAUUGGGUACACUCUUGGCAUCCCAGAUACAGUAAUGGGACUGACGUUUGUAGCAGCCGGUGUUUCGGUGCCUGACGCAUUAUCCUCGCUGGCUGUUAUUAAGGAGGGCUAUGGUGAUAUGGCAGUAUCGAACGCAGUUGGGUCCAAUGUUUUUGACAUUUUGGUAUGUCUUGGCUUGCCAUGGUUCAUUCAAACAGCGAUCAUACAACCCGGAAGUCACGUAAAUGUCAUCAGCAAAGGUUUGAUAUACUCUACCCUAUCGCUAUUUUCUACGGUAAUCUUCUUAGUGCUUGCAACACACGCCAAUGGCUGGAAGCUGGAUCGCAAAUUUGGAGCUGUCCUAAUGGUAUGGUACUUACUUUUCAUCACGCUCGCCAGUCUAUACGAGUUGAAUAUCUUUGGAGACUUCCACCCGCCAGACUGUCUUUCAACUUACUAAGUCCAAAGGCCUCAUCCAAAACUUUUGAUUUAAGGCGAAAUGACUUGGCCGGUAUCUAUGCCACAUCAUAUUGGUCCAUAUUAAAAAAUAACGAGCGGCUAGCGUCUAAUUGAAUUUUAAUUAUGAUUUAGAGACUAUGAUUUCGCAGAAACCGUUGAACUGCUUGUGAAAUGUACACUUUUUAUUAUUUGUAAAUAAAAAUACUCGUUAGAUAUUUAUCCAUUUAAAACACGACUUAUUUAUCAAUAAUAAUUAUAACUCAAUAUUUGUUUACACAACAAAUCAUGAUUUUGAUUUGCGUUGUAUAUACAGAUAGUGCAAUUCACGAAGACGCGCCCCACCAAUUUUUGGUUCAGGGGAUCGCGGGGUGCGGGGAGUUCCGCUCGCCCGUCUCCGAGCUUCUGGUGAAACGUAAGCGGUUCAUUGUAUUGUGGUAGGUACCAAUAACACUCAACAUUGACGGAAGCUUGCACAUAUUAUACUAUAAACGCUUAGGAGGAGGUGCGUAUUUGUGGAUUGCACUAUCUAUGUGUAUGGGCUAUAGUAAUUCGGAAUUCUUAAGUUUGUUAUUUAUCAGCUGUGCGUCUUUGACAAUUCUAUGUAAGAAAAUACAUUUACUUAUAAGUGUAUUUUGAAUUUAUUUAUGUAAAAGUGUUUAGGCAAUAUCAAA